AUGCGGCUCCCUCUUCUCGUUGUCGCCUGUGCGGCCGCCGCCUCCUCCGAGCUGGCGCCGGCGCCGGCGCCCGGCCACCGUCCGGCGCUUCCGCGGCAAUGCAAGGCCGAUCAGCUGGUUGCCGCGGGCGGCAAGCGCGGCGGAGCCGUGCCGGCCGUGUGGGCGCCUCCGUCGUACGGCUGGGCCAUCCUCUCCAACUGGCUCUACUUUCUCUCCCUCGGCCUCAACGCCGUGAACGUGCAGUACCUCGUGCGGCUGAUAGUGAACGCCGACGGCAGCACCGCGCCGAGCCCUGCGGCGAUCGCGCUGAGCGGGCGGGUGGAGACGGUGGACAAGCUGCUCACCUUCCUCGGCGUCGGCCUCCUCUCCGCCCUCUCCGACGUCCGUGGCCGCAAGCCGCUGAUGGCAUGGUCCGCUCUCGGCUUCGCCGCGACCAACCUGCUGCAGGCGUCCGCCGGUGCCGGAUCCAUCGGCCGGCUCUACCUCGCGGACCUCAUCGACGGGUGCUCGUCCUGCAUGACGCCAAUCUGCCAGGCGUACGUCGCGGACUGCUCGCCCGCCUCGCGGCGCGCGCAGAACCUCGGCGUCUCCCGCGCCGGCGUCUUCCAGGGCCUGUCGGUGGGCGGCGCGUUCCUGCUCGCCUUCCCCAUCGGAGGCGUGCUCGGAGCAAAGUUGGGCCCGCGCGCGCCGCUCCGGAUCGCCGCCGCGCUGCAAGUCGUCAACGCCGCCCUCAUCGCGCUGCUCGUGGACCUGAGGGAGGCCAACCCGAUCGGUGCCCUCCGCCGCCUCUUCGGGCGAGCCGGGCUGCUGCGGAGCGCCGCGCUGGCAUACGGUUUCGUCUCCCUCGCGCGCAACGCGCUCGACGCGCAGUUCGUCAACUACGCCAGCGUGCGGUUUGGCUGGUCGCAGCAGCAGACGGGCCCGAUCAUGGUGGUGGUGGGCCUCAUGCUCGCCGUCGCGCCAAGGCUGCUCGUGCCGCGCCUCGGCCCGCGACGCGCCGUCCUGCUGCCGCGCCCGCGCCUUCAGCGCGCCGUCCUCUACGGGCUCGCUGUCUUCGCGGCCGGUCUCGGCGGCGCGGGCGCCUCCCCCUCGCCCACAGGCUUCCUCGCCUCCAUCGUCGUCGUCUCGGUCGGCUGUGUCUGCAUCCCCGCCCUCCAGGCCCUCCUCACCAACAUCGCGCCGCCCGGCGAGCGAGGUGCACUCCUCGGCGCACUCGGCGCCCUCACCGAGCUCACCGGCGCCAUCGGCUCGACGCUGUACGCCGCUGUCCUCGCCGCCUUCACCGCCGAGGCGCCGCCGCUGCCGCUGCCCGGGAUGCACUUCUUCGUCGGCGCGGCGAUGCUGGUGGCCGCGUGGGCGCUCGCGGCGCGCGGCUUCGCCACACACGCGGCCGAGGCGCGCGCCGCCGCGGCGGCGGGGCCGGCCGGGGCCGCGGACGAGUAG